AUGGUGGCCGAUGACACAAGCGAUGGAACUAUCGCAAAACAGCUAACUUUUCUUCUAGCUGGCGACACUCCAACUACACAGUUGUUGUCAUGGAGGCUUAACGUAAUGAAAAUGCCAGUGAUGCUUGCAGCUCAUAGCAUCCCGAAGUCGGGCAGAUGCUCAAUUUCGUGGAAAUCGAACAGUUUUGGCACUAGCGUCUACAAGCCUUCUGAAGCCACUAACAGUUUAAAAAAUAUCCCUUCUACGAGGAAGUUUGAUGUAAUUGUGAUUUCUGCUAUUUCGAUGAAAGAGCUUCAAGCUACGUGUGAGGCAGUUUUCAAAUUUUGCCAUCAAACAUCCGUGGUCAUUAUAGAUUCUAAUUUUGCCGUAGAACUAGACCAUUUCAUAAUAUCCCAGUUUGGUGACGCUGAGGAUUCCCCUAGGCCGACCAUUCUGAGCAUGAUCGUUGACGCAGAGAUCAGGAUGAUAACUACUAAUUCCUACUUUUUGGUGAAUGAAUCUUUCAAAUACAUCUUUGGUACAUCAUACAAAACCAAUCAAGCUGAAUUAAAGUAUUGGAAGAACAUAGAACGCGUGCGGGAUCUGUUUGCAGACAGUGAAUCCCUCAUUAGCAAGUUCUUGGAGAAAUUGGAGGGUGAUAAAGUGGGGAAGGUGGUAAAGCUAUCCCCAUUCACCCAAAAAUCUACUAACGAAAUGGCACUAGAGGUGUGGCAUCGUGUUAUACCGAAGAUAGCAGUUCAUAUAUUAUCAAUUGUUUUUCAACAAUGUGAGUAUGACAAAUUGCAGAAGGACAAUGGCCCUAAGAGUGUGUUUAAAGAUCUAGUGUUCGAAUUAAUGAACAUAUCAUCACACCAGGCUGGUGCUAUUUUAAAAGAGUUCGUUGAUGACAAAUUCGGUAAGGACACAGUCAAGAAGCCUAACUUAUUGUCCAUAAUUAAUUUCAAUAACGUCAUAAAGCUUGCGAAGAAGAAGAAAUAUCGCUUGGACAAGCUUGUACCAUCGACUACACAACAGCGACUAAACUUGAAUUACGAAGCGUAUUGUUUUUAUCACAGAAUGGAAUUUCCUUCGAAUAUUUUAUUGUAUCAACCCAUUCUCAUCGCAGAUAGAUUUGGUUUAAGAUCUUCGAGUCUCAACUUUUUAUUUGGCGUCUAUACCCAAUCAUUGGCAAUUAAUAAAUUCUCAAUUGACCGGGAUAUUUUCUCCAAACAAGACAAGAGUGCGUUUCUAUUUUCUCCUUCAAGCAGCACUCCAAUUACUGCCCAAACAUCUAGCAGGGUUUGUAGGCGUCCCUCAGGAAUAACUCCUUCAAAAAGAACUAGCUCAGGCAAAAAUAAAGAUCCCAACGGUAAAAGAAAGAGUGUUAAGAGGGGUAAAGAGGAUGGGAGUAACGUUAACGGACAAAAAAAUAAAAAUGAUAUUAAAGAAAGUAGGACUGUUAAAGAUAGAACAAAAUCUCAGCAGUCCAAUUCAAGAACAAAAUCCAAACUUAACUUGCAAGUGGAACCUGAAAGUGCAGGUGAUGAAGAGGCUUCUGUCGACGAAUUAGAUGAGGAGACGAAGCUUAAGCAGCUUCAAAAAGAUUCUGAUAUAAUGCUGACAAUUAUGCUGCAAGCCAAGGUCGAUUUAAACCGUCAUCUAUCACCUGAACUACGAAACUCUGAUUUGGAGUUGCCUCCAGAUUUACAAGCAUUAUACCUUGGAGCAGAAACUUGCGAUUUUGCCUCACAAAUCUCUCCAAAAGCACCCAUUUUAACCCCUACAAAGGAGGUAUUAUUACCAUUAUCUGGCGAAACUAACAAAAUGCCCAGCAAAGGCUUAUUGUCGCCCAUGGGUGUUUGUUCAGAGGAUGAGAUGGGUACUGGAAAUCAUAUUCAAAUAAACCCAGUGAAAAUCUUAGAACCAUCAACCAAUCUAGGUCCUGCGGAAAGGGUUCGUAAGAAGAAGAAGCAAACCAUCAAAAGUCUUGAAAGGCGUGUAAGAAGCCGUGAGAAAGCUGAAAUUGAUUGCGAAGAUCUUAAUGAUGAUGAAGAUGAUGAAGAUGAAGAUGGAUGCGAAGAGGAUGACGAUGACGAUGACGAUUACGAUGAUGAUGACGAUGAUGAAGACGAUGAUGAAGACGAUGACGAUGACGAUGAUGAGGACGACGACGACGAUGACGACGAUGACGACGACGACGAAGAUGCUGAAUCGGAGGAAAAUAGUGAAAUUUACUCCGCCGCAAAUUUGACUCGUUCUAUGCGUCGUAGGCUCCGUGAUGAGGAGAUGUGCGUUGUGGAUUCAACUAUAACUUUACCUAGUUUUCAAAGAAAAGAUAGAAAUAACUUACAAUAUAUGAGUCAAUAUCCAGAAAGUAUUCGAGAUUUUGGUCGUCCUUUAACUUCGAAAUACGCCACAGACUUAGAGAAACAAAUACGUAUAGAGCCAUUUUCAAUGUCAAGAUAUUACCAAGAGGUUUAUCAUCCACAUGAGUUUGAAGCUGGUGUAUCUGGUACUCCACCACAUAAUAACACAUCGAGACAGACUCCAUUAGCAAUACCGAACUCAGUCAGAUCUCGCCAAUCAUCAGAUCCGAAAACGGCAAGCCUACUUUGGAAAUGCCAGAGGCGCCAGCAUUUGGAAAUGGGUCAAAUUGCGAGGCCUGUCACGACACCAGAAGAUAGUUUAAUACAACAUAUCCUGAUAUUAAAAAGGGCAAAUAUGGGUGGUAUACUCAAUGUCACAACCAGUAGAUAUGGACGUGUUGACACUUCUGAAACCAUUUAUCAAGACUGGAUGAAUGGCGAAGGUGAAUUAUACAGAAUGCGAAUUACUGGAAGCGGUAUGGACUAG